CGUAAUAUAGCAGAGCAAGGAUCCAGUGCAACACAAGCAGACGACUGUUCACAUUGUGGAUUGGAUUCAAAGACUUUCUCGCCCAUGUUACAUCUCAACUCCCUGAACAUCUCCCACUUUCUUGAUUGAGAUUUAUGUUUAUAGAUUUCCAUUCGUUAGUGGUGUUACCUGCCUAACAGAGACUGUGUCAAACCUGAUAGAAAUCUUGUGGAGUUUUAUUGGAUUAUAUUUUGUUCAUUUGACGGUAAAGUAAAAAAUAUGCAUGACGUUUAAUCAAAGAUUGUAAUCCUGGUCAUAAUUUCUAAUGAAGUACUUCCUAGUCCACUGCACCAACCAAAGCCAUCCUCCCCAUUCAAGUCUAUGUGAUACCCCAAAACAACUCCAUACAUCCUGUUUCAUCAGGGAAUAACUAGACUUUUGGGAAAAUGUCCAAAGGACCCAAAAUUCAUGAGAUCUUCAGCAACGCUGGGAAGAACAUUGCCUUUACCUACGAAAACCAGGAAACCAAGCAGCAGAUCCAGCUGAGCAAAAAGAAGAAUGCGGUCUCCGGGCCAGGCAUGAAAAAGUUUGGUGGCUACAAGCCCAAAAUUCUCAGCGGCCAAAACGACUUCCUGUCACUACAAAAUGACACACCUAAUGUGUCUCUGGGGUUGUCAGGUAACAGUGUGAGCAGGACUAACCAGACUCUGACCAAACCUAAGCCAUGGGUCAUUGGGGAUAAAAAUGUACCUAUGGUGCUGGCACCCUUGUCAAGUGAAGAAGACAAUGACUCUGUUGAUGUCAAUGGGAAUAACCAUGACAAUGGUCAUAUUAAUGAUGCCCCUAAUGACUUCGGACACCUGUAUAACGACCAGAUGAGAGAUGUUGAGAACUCAAUGCGUACACAGAACAUUCAUUCGGACACAUCGACCUUGAUUUCAUAUUCCAGUGACCACGACCAAGGUGUGGACAAUCCAGCCGCCUCUUUGAUGUCCAUUGUGGACACGCUGAAUGCAGGUGAAGCUCCAGAGAAACCACCUCACAUUAAUGGAAAGCAUCACCAUCCAACAGUUGACCUUUCACACUCUAACUCUGUGGAUGUUCAUGUUUCUGAAGAAGUGUUCAUUCCCGCCCCAGACUACGAUGAAGAGGAGCGCACACUGGACUUCACUUCGGAGGACACAGAUGACCCCGAUAGCCCUGAGGGUGGACAGCGGAACCCCAAAGCCAGGCCUCUGUCCAAAGUCUAUGACGGCGAAGACUUCUCUCAAUAUCUCUCAGAUGAUGAUGACAACAAUGUAGAGCUUCGCCAAAAAUCUAACAAAAAUACACUAACCAGAAAGUCAACCUCAGAAGCAGCAAAGCCUAAGCUGAAUCAGAAACAUUUAAUGUUCAAACAAAACACUCUUGGAAAGAACAAACGACACAGUUCAGGAUCUGUCCCAGGAUUUAACAGUGUCAGACACUUCAGCUAUGCAGAUUCCAAAUUUGGCACAAAAGGCAGAAAUACUUCCAAGAGUAUGGCCUUCACAGAACUGACUGAUGAGGGAGAUGUGUUCUUGAGUGCCAAUUCACAGCAGGGGUCUUACGAGUCUUUUCUACGUUCUCGCAACGGUGAUGUUAUACCCCACCGUGAAACCAGUGACAGUGGCCUGGAUAUGGUGGAAGAUGGUCACUUGGCCCAUCAGAGGAACAAAGGUGAUACUCUAUGGAAAAAGAUGACCUACAGGUUUAAACAUAAGUCAAGUAAGGUUAAUUAAAUGCCCCUUGUCUAAUGUUAAUUAAGGCCUACACAUCAUAAAAGCAUUAACAUUCCACAGAAUCUGUUGAAAAUAUUUAUUAUUGUAAAUGAGGGAAUUGAAACACUACUUGUUAGAUGAUGAAUGUUGAAGAGGACCUGCUCAUUAGAAACAAAAAACUGUCCUAGUAAUAACUAAAAAAUAAUUUACUACUAAAGACAGUAAUUGUAUGUAGAGCAGGAUAGAAUAAAGUGAUACAGUUCGGUCAGUAAUGAAGACUGAUCAAAUUUUAUGCAUUCUUUAAUUUUUUUUUGGUCUGGAUCUAGAACUUAAUUGUACAGAUGUUUUUACUUUAUGCAUUUUUUGUCCUUGUUGAAACAUAAUAAAUUGUGGUGUCAUUUUAGUGUACACAGCAGUGUUGACCUUUUUACUGAAUGAAAUUCUUGCUUGGUCUUUUUUAAAAGGUAUUUUAAAACAGCUUGUCAGACCAUUUUUAUACUAUUAAAAGCUUUACAACUGUUAAACAGAAAUCCAUACUGACAAUACAUGGACAUUCACUCCUGACAAAAUUUUUACCUUUUAAUGCACCUAUAAAUGUAGAACUAUUAUAGAAAGUUAGAUUUCUGUUUUGGUUUUUAAAAAGUCUGUAAUCAGAUGUUGUGUUAAAUUAUUUAACAAAUAUUUUUUUAUACCAGGGGAGGUUAAGCCUUGGGAAAAGUUUAGUUUAAUUUUUAGAGAGGCAAACAACAAACCAAAACAAUUAUGAAAAUCUGAACUGUGUUCUAAAACUAUUGUCAUUGUCUACAAACUAAGGCCCACUAGUACUGGCCCACAAGUACCAGACCUUGCAAUGUAUGAGGGAAGAGGAUGUUAGAAGGUUCAGUUAACGACCAACCACCUUUACUUCCCCAAUGUAUGCUAGGUACCACAUUAGAGCUCUAAAUUCAUAACUUCAAUAGAAUGUGAACUCCACAGUACAGAAGCAAAGUGUUUUACCACUCAGCCACCAUGCCCUUAGAAUAGUAUUACUAAUGCAAAUUCUUGUACAAAAAUUCAUAGAUUAUAUCUUAUAUAAUACAGACGUUACUUCAAAAAAGAAGAUGAUUACGUCCUACGUGUCAUGCAUAUUAACCAAUGACUUAAAUUCUGCCAAGUCACUGGUUUUCCUGGCUAGCUCAGGCAACCCAUUCCAUGCUCUAAUAGCGCUAGGGAAGAAAGAGUAUUUCAAUGCAGUUAGUCAGCAGUAACAUCUCUAGCAUCCUUUAAAAUUUAUUAAGAGGUCAGUUUUCUGCUCCACUAUACGAGUGUAUAAUUCCAAGGCUAUGUCAGUCCAGUUGUUUAUAUUGCUGUGACAAUUAUAUUUUACAUUGUUUAUAUGGUAAAUGUAUAUAGUUUAUGUACACAAUAAAUAUUUAUACAAACUCA